AUAUUAUUUUUUAGCCAAGGAGGAAGAAUAAAAGUUCUCUUGACUAGAGAUCGAAAACCAUUAGUAAUUGUACUAUUAUUGGCUGUACUACAAAUGGCUUGCGGUACCAGCGUACUAGAAGCAUAUGCGGCGUCUAUUUUAUCUCUAACUAAUGUGUCACCGAACGGAUGUGCUUUUAUACUCGGGAUCGUGACUUUAAUAGCCGUAAUUCCAUUCGCGUUCACUGUUGAUAGAUGUGGUCGGCGACCAUUAUUAGUAGUAUCUUGUUUAGGAACUGCCGUUUGUCACAUUGCAACAUACUUGUUUUUAAUUGUAAAUAUGGACAUAGGGGGCAUAACACUACUAGUAACUAUUUGCGGUACAGUGUUUUUUAUUAAUAUAGGGCUGAUGCCACUUUUAUCCGUAAUUCAGUGUGAAUACUUUCCAUCAGAUACUAGAGCUCUGGGAGGUACAGCCUUGGUGCUUACAGUGACAUUAGCUUCAACUAUCAUGGUUGUUAAUUACCAAUUGGUAGAUAAUUUUUUAGGAAUGUCUACCAAUUUUAUUUUGUAUGCCAUUUUGUCUGCUACUGGGGCAGUUUUUUGUUACAUUUGGGUACCAGAAACUAAAUGUAAAACUUUUUUUGAGAUACAACAAGAAUUCAAAGUUUCAGGCCAAAUUAAAAGACAUAACUAUGAACAAAUAUAAUAAAAAAUGUAGUACAUAAAUGUGGAUCAAAAUUAACACAAAAGGUUUAAAUAGCCAUAACUUACUAAAUAAUAGAGUUAAAAUGAUGUAAUUAAUAUUAUUUAAUCAAAAAUAAUAUGUAACUUAAUUGACCAACAUUCUAUUUUUUGAAUUAACUUUAUAGUAAAUUAUGAAUUUUUUUUUUAAUUUAGACAAUUUUUUCUAAAUUAGAAUAUAAAACAGCGCUCUAUUAUUUUAAUUAAUUAAUGCCAUAUAAUUAAUGUAACUGAAAACAUUAAAAAAUAAUUAUAUUCAAAUUCUUUCAUAUGUAUUUAUUUUAAUGAAAUAAAAUUAUAAUCUCUCUAAA